AUGGAGUACGAGCACCAGUACAUCAGCAGCAGCAGCUUCGCCAAGGAGAAGAGGCCUCCGGCGAAGAGGGGCCAGGUCAUGAUGCAGAUGGCGAGGACGCUGAGCAACCUCGUGUCGCCGAGCGGCGCCGCCGCGGCCGCCGCCGACGGCUCGAAGAAGGUGAGCCGCAACAGCUUCACGAGGGAAACAAGCUAG